CGGGGAGGGGUUACACACUGAAAGAAAAGUUUGUUUGGUUGCCUCAAAAGCAAUGGACGAAGUUUGUAAAGCCUCGCCUGACUUAGGUAAAAUAAUGCGGAGAGAGUAUGGUUAUGAAAAAAAUCUAUAACAUGGAUUAGUAUGCUCGUCGGAAGAGUGUUUACAGACAUUGUUGCACGUUAACAGUGAUAGCUACUCGGAUCCAUCUAAUCAAUCUAAACUAUGGCAGAUAUAAAUCAGACAGUUGUGUACUUGUCUGAGCAGGUGGUCGUUUUGUGUUCAUGUGGGUUGUCGUUUCUGGGCUCUUCGCUGAUCAUCUUCACCUACAUUAUUUGGUCAGAUUUGAGGACAACUCCGAGGAGAUUGCUCGUCUACCUGUCGAUCUCUGACUGGCUGUCCGCCGUCUCCUACGCUUUCGGAGUCUGGAGGGUUUUCCACACCGACUCGCUGGACUGCGUCGUUCAAGGAGCCAUAUCUACUUUCGCCAACACCAGCUCUUUUUUUUGGACCGUGGCCAUUGCUGUUUACCUGUAUGUUUUUAUCGUAAGAUCCAGCCAAAGAGUUGCUGACAGCUUGGUGUUGUUUUUCCACCUUGUCAGCUGGGGUGUUCCUCUGGCCAUCACUGUUGCAGCCGUGUGCCUGAAUAAGAUUGGCUACGAUGCGUCCGAGGUGUCGGUGGGCUGGUGCUGGGUCAGGAUCCACGCCCCUGACCGGGUCCUGUGGAUGCUGCUGACUGGAAAGAUCUGGGAGUUCUUGGCUUACCUCACCCUGCCUGUCCUCUACAUCCUGAUCAAGAGGCACAUCCACACAGCGCAUGCUGCCCUGUCUGAGUACCGUCCCAUCUUGGCCAACAGGCCUCCGUCACACUCCUUCUCCUCCAUGGCGGAUAUGAAGCUAACACUUAUUCCCAUCAUUUUCAUCGUCCUGCGCAUUUGGAGCACAGUGCGCUUCAUACUGCUGCUAGCCGGCUCUUCAGCCAGACAGAACCCAGUGCUGGUCACUCUACAUGGAAUUGGCAACACCUCGCAGGGAGCAGCCAACUGCAUCAUGUUUGUAUUGCUUACUCGGCCAAUCCGCACGCGCCUCUGCGCCGCGCUCUGCUGCUGCUCCAAGAGUCGAGCGGACGUGCAGCACUCGCAUGACGCCCCUAACAGGCUGCUGCCGGGACAGGACACCUCCACACAGAGAGAAGAAGACAACACCAGUCAAGUCGGGACUGAUAGAGGAUAUUCUGUGGAUUAGAAGAUAAACAAAGGUUAACAUGAAGGGCGUGGUGGAGGUCUCUGCUUCACAUUGAGCCCCAUAACAGCAAGUGCCUCCUGAGAUAGGUUGGAGAUUCUGCAGGUGCAUGCACAUCUGUGUCACAGCAAAAGUCACACAUGUCUGCACUUUGGGUGAUGAGGAUGCUGCUGUAUGGUUGUGCACCAGCAUUUGGUAAAGCAUUUUGAGUGUUGCAUACUGAACAUGUUGCCCAUGAAUAUUGUAGUUUCAUAGAUGUGCUGUACGUCAAACUUCAAAUUGCCAUUUCACUUUAAGUUGUUCUCUGUUGAUGUUAUCUGAUUGCAUUUUAAAUAGCUGUACACUCCGUGUAAGACAGUUUAGCAGCUUUAUUUAUCAUGUACUGUGUGAAUUCACUUGCAUUCUGAGGUUAUCACUGUGAAAUGAAUGUUCAGGUUUUAUCUUGUUACACUGAGUUUUCAAAUAUUGUAUUUAUGGGGGGAAAUGACCUACAUGUUAGGUGAUAAACAUAAUUGCUUUAAGUGAGAACCCACCCAAAAUCUUAUCUUUAGACUAUCAAAGUCUGUUGGCUUGAAAGAUGGCUGCAAAAUGGCCACAGCUGCUGUUCUGUGUAGUGAGGAAAUUCCAAACCUUUUACAGCUUACAGCUACACGUUUGUUUUGGAUAUAUUAUUCAUUUAAUAUGUUCUGCAAUGUAACUUUAAUAUAAAAUUCCAACUUUAUAUCCAAUAUAACUUUGGGUAUGUUCCAAAGUUUUGUGUGCAAGAAACUUGAUAAGAAUAGUAAAUGACAUGAUAUAAGCACAGUUUUCUGUCUGUGGUCAAUUCACUUUGACAUAUACACAUUUAAAGUUACAUUCAAAUAUAAAACAUUCUCCUAUGA